CUCUUCAAUACUUAUCAAUCCACCAGUCAGUCCUCAGGACAAGUUUGUAGUGUCGUGGCGAUAAAACGUGGAAAAUGUGGGAAAAAAUAUAUUUUUUUGUAAUUGCUGCAAUCCUUGCCAUCACACAUGCUGGUGCCCAAGAAGCAGGCCUUGUUGAAAAAUUGCAGCUGGGGUUUGAGGAACUCAAACUAACCAGAACUUUUCCCUCGUACCUCAAUGAAACUCUGCGGCAACUUGCAGUACCCCAUUUCUUCAGACGGUCUGAUCCCAUUGCCGUUGGGUUCGUCAACGAGCAGACUUAUGGAGAUAAAGCCAUUUGCUCGAUUUGCUACGCUGCGGCCAACUUCCUGAUCUUCGAAAGGAGAAACAACGUCCCUUUAGAAGUCAUUGCUCUGGAAGCAGCAGCAGUAUGCGUUCUGUUGGGUAUCGAAGAUGCGGAAGUCUGUACAGGAGUUAUUGAUUUGAACCUUCCAAUUUUUGCCUACUUGGUGGAUGCCGAUGAAAGCCUGCAAGGUGAGCGGAUUUGCGAUGUAAUUUUGCAAAAAUCUGGAUGCAAUCAAACAACUUUUGAAUGGUCCAUCGAUAUUCCGGAAGGCAAAACUGUACCCAGAAAGAACCCCAGCAACCCAGAGUCAACCUUUAACAUUCUGCAAAUUUCCGACUUCCAUUACGACCCGCUUUACAUGCAAGGAAAAACUAAAGCCUGCACUCGACCAGUUUGCUGCCAGAGUGACCAAGAAGAUGGAGAUGCCAGUGAAGGAACCGCUUGUGGGUACUGGUCUGAGUACAACAAUGUUGAUGCUUCUGAAGCCUUAGUCGAUGAAAGUAUCAGAAAAGCAAACGAGUUUGAUUUCGAGUACGUUUAUUUUACUGGCGAUAUUGUCACUCAUCGCGUCUGGUCCACAUCGGUUGAAAACAAUACCAGGGACAUGAAACUGAUUUUUAGGAAAAUGAAGUCCGCGUUUUCUGGAAAACCGAUUUAUCCGAUUUUGGGCAAUCAUGAGCCAACGCCAUUGAACGAGUUUGCAAUUGGCGAUGACGUAGAUGCAGCUCUAAACACUGAUUGGUUGUAUCAACUGAUAAUAAGUGAAUUUUCGACAUGGCUUCCAAAAUCCGCUAAACAAGAGAUUAAGAGAGGAGGGUACUAUUCGGUAUCGCCUAGGGAGGGUUUCAGAAUAAUCGCAUUAAAUAGCAACGUUGCUUACACUAUGAAUUGGUGGCUUAUUCACAAUGACACUGAUCCUUUCGGGCAAUUAACUUGGCUGGCUCAGACUCUGAAAGAAGCUGAGGAGCGUGGAGAAAUCGUCCACAUUUUAUCGCAUAUUCCCAGUGGGAAGGCUGAUCUGCUCCAGGUCUGGAGUAGGGAAUAUCAUAGGAUUAUCGAAAGGUUUUCUAAUACAAUUGCUGCCCAAUUCAAUGGCCACACUCACAAAGACCAGUUCAUGGUUUACCACAGUUCCGCUAAUGUAUCCGAAGCAAUCAACAUAGCGAUAAACGGAGCUUCGGUAAUUUGCGACAAAUCGAAUCCCAGCUUCAAGAUAAUCAAUGUUGAUCACGAAAACUUCGAUGUUAUUGAUACCCAAGAAUGGACGUUCAACUUGACCGAGGCGAACUUGGCUGAAGACGCUAUUCCCGAUUGGUACAAGCUGUAUUCGUUCAGGGAGAGCUUUGGAACGAGAAGUUUGGCACAUGAGGAAUUUAGCGAACUUUUGCCUAAAAUGGCUGCGAAUCAUAACUUGCUGGAUGAUUAUCACAAAUUCAGAUAUCGUAACUCCGAUGUGGCGAUGGAAUCUGGAUGCGACAAUAGUUGUAAAAAGAACUACCUAUGUGAAAUUGCCACUAGUCAAGUAGGAGAUUCGACCCAGUGUGAUAUUUUGAGCAAGAUAUUUGACCAGAAUGUAUAAUUUAUUUACAUCAAUUAAAAUACUUUCAAACUU